AUGGCUUCCAUACGUACUUCUCUGCGUACCCAAUCCAAAAGCAAAGGCAUUGUCACUGAGAAGUCAAGCAGUCUUGAAGAGACACAUAAUCAGUUCAGCCACAAGCCCUCAUGGGAUAGUGACUCAAUCCGAGUUUUCCUGCAGUUGAUUGCAAAUGAGAUUACUAAAGAAAAUCGCCCAUUCCUAGUCCUCAGCCAAGCAGGGUACAAGUCCUUGGCAAGGAAAUUUGAGAAAAAAAACAAUAAGAAAACAUGGACUGAAAAGUUGAAGAAUAAGUACAUGAGUUUGAAAAAAGAGUGGCAAGCGUGGACAAAGUUGAUGGAUUCAAGCAAAGGAGUGUCAGGGAUAGGGUUUGACUGUGACACCGGUAUGUUUCAGGCACCUGAGGAGUGGUGGGACAAGAUGGAAUCGAUAAACAAGAUGUGUGCCGAGUUCAGGAAAAAUACCUUGGAACAUCGUGAGUUGAUGGAGACGGUCUUCAUGGGGGCAUCAGCUACUGGUAAGCACCAUUGGACCCCGGGAGAGAAACUUCCUGAAGUUGCUAAUGACUCAUCUGACUCAGUGCAAAGUUUGGGAGCCCAACUAUUUGCUGAUCCGAUACCCGCAGGAGUACAGGACGUGGAUUCAGAUUCUUCACUGGAGCAUGUUCCAAUUGAAAAGGGGAAAAGGAGAAAGACACCAUCAACAAGUGUUUCAUAG